AUGGGCAUUGAUUGUCGAUAUGCCUUUGCUCCUACAGGCCUCGGCAAAGGCUCUUGCUGCGCCUGUACCUUUAUAGAUUCACCACUGCUUGAGGCUGAACGUGAGUUUGGGCGUUUCGAAUCUGAAGUUUGUGGAAGUUCUGGGGAUGGCGUAGAGUUUGAAGACGGGUCGCUGGGUGAGCCGCGUCGGAGGAUAUUAAAUAAGGAAUGUCGUUUUGAUUGCGUUUGGGAAUCUGGGGUUUUCCGCGCGUCUCUAGUUUCCGAAGGAGUCAAAUCUGCGGCUUGGGCUGGGACGAAUGAAGGUUCGUCAUUUGUGUGUUCGUCAUUGCGAUCAUUCGAAGCUUCAAGCGUUGAUGUGCCGGAUGAUGCAUCAUCAGGAUUAGCUAUCCGUAAGCCACCGAAGGAUUGA